CAUUCACCACCUGGUGGGUUAGGAAAUUGUCCAAAGCUCUGUUCUUGGUUUUCUAAACAUCGACAGAAGCAGCUUUACCUUUGCACUAGUAUACAUUGUCCACCCAGAAAAAGGAAAAUUUUCCAAUUUCUCCAAACUUCUAUGCAGCAUUGUGUGAGUUUUAUAUGAUCUGAAAAAGGGUACUCAAGUUUAAGAUCAAGAGUUUGCUGCAGUGCAAGACCAAGAAGAAUGACAAUGAUUGGUGCUGGCAAGGAUGAUGGGAAUUUGAGUGAUAGGAAAAUGGAGGGAGAUGAAGGUAUGAGGACCUUGGAGUGCCUAAGAGGAAGACUACUGGCAGAGAGGCAAGCUUCAAGAGUAGCAAAGGAGGAUGCAGAAUUAAUGGGCAAGAAGUUGAUAGAGCUACAAAACAAGCUGAAAGAAGAGAUACAAUUGAAGAACAAAGCUGAAAAGAAGCUGAAAUUCUUGAAAAGAAAGCUUGAAUCUUUGAAACAUUCUAUUUCAGUUGAAUCAGACCAGUCAUGUUCCUCAGAACAGAGUGUAACAUCUAGAAGGCAAUCCACAAGUACUUCAUGCUCCAAUAAUCCAGAAGACAAUGAGCCCAAGUCCACAGUCAAAGACUCAGAAUUCUUAGGAAAAUCAAGUCAAAAUCAAGUAGCAAAGUCCACCCCAUCUGAGAAAAGCCAUGAAAGUGAUCCUUUCACUGAUGACCAUUCAACUGCUCAAUGUUCUAGUCCUGAUUCCAGUUCCACUUCUAGCUUAGAAUUUCCUUCCCCAGAAUACACAAUUCAUAAAUCUGAAGAUUCAAAGGGCGAUGAGCAUAUUAGGUAUGUAAUUCCAGUCAGGGCACCAUUGCACCAGCUUUUAGCCAACUCUUAGUUACUAAUUGAUGUGUUACAUGUCAUUUUGUUACUCAUUAUAUAUAAAUAAGGUCCUGAGUGAGCUCAAGUAAAUCACAUCGAUUGGGAUUGAUAUGUUGGGAUAAAAGUUGGUGCCUCUGCCAUUAUUGAAUUUGAAUAAUGCAUGUAUUCAGAAAAAACUUCAUUUUCCAUGAUGAGUAGUUUG